AUGUCGGUGAGCCUCGCAAUCGAGGCCCUGUUCUCGGGGACCAACGAGCUCCGUCGCAUUGCCGUAGCAAUUACAACUCGGCAAACAUGUCCCUUCUAUGCAGGUCUCGCUCAGCUCGGAUGUGCUUCCCGCUUGAGGAGGUUUGGCUUUCGGCCCUCUAACGCGGGGGAGUAUAUUGUGCCCAUCACCAUCUCUGGCGCCAAGGCUGAUCCCCUUGACGCCUUUCCUAUCGGAGCUGUUGACCCCACACCUUCUUCAUUCUCCUCUCGCUCAAAUGGAACUCGGGAAGCAGUCACGCUGAAUGGGCGAUCGCUCUGGAAAGGCCAUUCAACCGGCUUGUGCGACCGAGCACUGUUCAGCUGGCGAUCCUUGGAGCCUCCGCCAGGCCCUGAUUGGUUUUGGUAG